ACACGGGGUAAGCGAGGGUCUAAUGCCAUGUACACGGGGUAAGAGGGGGUCUAUUUACCAUGUACAAAAAUUCAGCCUGUCUCUCUCACUACAGACCUCGGCCCCUGUGUCCUUAUUAAACCUGUUGGCCUACCCCCCCAUCCCCUGACUCCAAAUAUCUGUCUCUCCCCCUGGCUCAGUUAGCUGGUUCUCUUCUUUAACAUCCCUGGCCCGCUGUCUUGCUCAUCCUACAUUAAACAAUAAUACAUGCAAUAUCGCACUGUUGCCACAAGGGUUUAUAAUCACAAUGGGGACCAAACAGACGCCCCCAACUUGGACCCCUCCAGUACUAAACUUGCUCAUCAAGAGGAUGACGAAAACAGUGUCUGCGCUUACAGGUGCAGGAGAACUCCCCCGCACAGAAAGCAGGCUUGGAGCCUUUCUUUGAUUUUAUUAUUGCCAUUGGACACACCAGGCUGAAUAAAGAAAACACCAUGUUUAAGGAUCUCCUCAAAGCCAAUGUGGAGAAACCCGUGAAACUGGAGGUUUAUAACACGAAAACAAUGAAAGUACGGGAGCUAGAAGUCACCCCUAGUAAUAUGUGGGGAGGUCAGGGGCUCCUGGGGGCCAGUGUCCGGUUCUGCAGUUUCCAAGGCGCAAAUGAACACGUGUGGCACGUACUGGAUGUGGAACCAACAUCUCCGGCUGCCCUGGCUGGUCUUCAGGCACACACAGAUUACAUCGUAGGAUCAGAUCAGAUACUACAAGAGUCUGAGGAUUUCUACGCGUUAAUUGAGUCCCAUGAAGGUAAACCUCUGAAGCUCCUUGUUUACAAUACGGUGACCGAUUCCUGCCGAGAGGUGUUUGUCACUCCCAAUGGUGCGUGGGGAGGGGAAGGAAGUUUGGGCUGCGGAAUUGGAUAUGGUUACUUGCACAGGAUUCCCUUGCAGCCUGCGACGCCUCCGAAAACUAGUGAGAUAACACCACCAUCUCCUCCGCUACCCAAGGAAGAGCCAGCACUGCCUCCCACGAAUGGUUACAACGAGGCUCCUCUUAUGGCAGCAGAAUCGCAGACAGACACUGCCGAAGACGCGCUCUUGUCAGCGAUCCACCCAGUGCAGGAAAUUGGUGGCAGUCCCACAGAGAACUCUAUGGUCCUUCCGCCACCAGUGCAGCGCGUAAUGCAUCCAGGUUUUCUGGAUACAUCUGGACUUCCUAUGCCUGAAAUUCCUGACAUAUCUAAAUUGAUCGAUAUAACGUCAUCUGAUUCAGUCGAUUUAAUAAAGAAUGUUUCUCCUACAACAGACCAGCUUCUGCAUGCUGAUGAUCUGAGUGCUUAUAUAGAUCAAGUGAACAUUUCAGAGAAGUCCUCUCUGGAUGGCUUGGCGUCUCAGUCGGCUUUCGACCACCUGAUUACUUUAGAUUCGCCAGAUCCUCGGGUGGAUCCUGGGAGCCAAGAACCAGAGGUGGAGUUGGGAGUUGAGCAUCUGCCUGAAGUGGACGCCAUGAAUGUGUCGACAGAAGAUGAAUUCAAAAUCCCAGACAACUUCGGCAUAUCUGAAGAAGACGUCAAGCAGGAAUAGAGCAAGAUUUUGUAACCUAGUGCUAUGGCAGAAGGGAGAGGCAUCAAAACAAGUGACAGCUUGUCCCUCGGAGAGCAAAAUUGUGUAGUUUUUUUUUAAAGAAAAGCAAAUGUAGCUUUUUUUUAAUGCAAAGGACACGUUUUUAAUUCCUGAGACCUGUGUGUUCAUUUUCCAGGCGUUUGCAUCAUUUUAGAUGGUUAGUGGGAACACUAGAGAUUCCCAGAUGUGGUUUGAAUGCAUGUAGUGGUUGGAAAUGUACCACAAAUUCUGCAUGCAGUGCCAGUUAUCCAGCAUUACUGCGUCCCUUGGGGGAGGAAGCCCCCUGCAGCCACUGUAUCUACCUGAAUUGAAGUACAUGAUGUUUUAUAUAAUGGGAGGACAGGGAUACCAAUUACCAGUAAUUCUAGGCUAAAGUUUGCCAAAACAGUAGGCCUGUGAGAUAGCUCAGUGGAAAGUGCUCCAUCUGCCAAAUCUCAUUUGUCACAGACUUCAUUAAAAUCGACCUUCCAUCUUUCCAAGGUCAAUAGAAUUAGUGCCAUUAAGUUGGGUAAUUGUAACAUCUAGACCCCAGGACAUGCAUAGAAACUCGUGAAAGCUUGGGUAUUAAAUGAAGCAACUAGCUGGAACUUUAGUUUCCAUGGUGACUGCUUCCGUUGUAGAACUUUCCCCUGAUUUGCACGUUGUACAUAACCCUCAAUGAUCCGUCAGACCCCAGGCCGUGUUAUCUAGGUCAGUGUAAAGCUCUACAGAUGUGCCUUGUCUUAAAAGAAAUAAUAAUAAUAAUAAUAUAUCUAUAUAUCUCACUUUGGGUUCAAAAUAGGUCUCUCUGGUUACAGCAUGGCUGUACAUUUGCCCUAGUCCAGGCUUCAUGCCUAGGAACAUUGGUAUAUUGUUUACCCAGAGAUCUCUCCUAGUGAUUCCUGUUUAGUGGAGGAAGACAGACAGAUUGCCCAAAAAUAAAUAAUUUAAAGAGUAUGAUAACUUCAGGUAUGCUUUUUGUUUAGCACCAACAAGGAAGUGGUUUGUGUGCAGGUUUUUCAGUUUCUGAAAUCCUUAAUCAAGCA